GCAGAUGUACUCGAGUUGUUCCGCAGUUGUGGGGGCGGCAUCUAUGGUUGUUAGCGCUGUAUGCUGGUCGUUGUUCACUUAUGAGCCCACCAUCGUGGGAACGAGCUUCUUAUAGCCAACCUUUCUCGCAAGAGAAGCGUCAAGUGUGGGUUCUUGGUGAGGAAUCCUUCUUCAACAUGUGGGCCAUCUGGUGUCAAUUCUUUUGAUGUGGAGAGAGCGGUGAUUUUCUACGUUUCACAUACAAGCUUGUACCGGACUUCCGCGAUGGAGUCUGCUUCGAUAAAAGAAGAAACGACGGAAUCUUCAUUUACUAAAGCAGAAAGUCCGUGGGGUUGUUCAUCGGAUGCAUUGAUGUUUGGUUGCACAUCAGUGGUUUUCAAGCAGUCGGAUUUUGAAGACGAUUUUCCAUCUUCCAUGGAACCCAUUCCGCCUCAAGCGCUUCCCUCUCUUGGGACGAAUUCCGCGCAGCAAAAAGCAGACGAAAUUUUCCAGGUUAUUGAAGCUGAAGGGCAUAAAUACGGAAUUGAAGCUCAUCGUUUCCUUGUUGGAUGGUAUAAUGAUCAAGUCGGCCCUCAAUUCCGAAUACCCUACGACCCCGACACGCUUGCAUUCUUGUUCAUUUCUACUCCUUCAAUGUUCGAGAAGGCUUUCAUUCCUUUCGUGAAUUCGAAUUCCAAGUUCACGAGUGAUGAAACACCCAAUGAAGCUGCGAAAGAGUCCGACAGCGAGGAUGAGAUUAUUCCUGAAGUGAAACCGAAAAUUUUGGAUCCUAUUGAUCGCUGUUCGUCGAGUGUGUUGCGUUCGAUUGCGGAAGAACUUGCAGAGGAAGUAGAUAUCAUUUCAGAUUUUGAAAUGAUAAACCGUCGUCCGAGAAUUCUUGUGCAAACGAUGGGCCACGUAGCUGGUGCUGCAUAUUUGUACCACAAGAAAGAUUUGACCAACGACUCCGCGAUCAGUCAUAAUGGGGAAAACUUCCUUGGAGUCAGUAUACAUCCUUUGUUCGGAGGAUGGUUUGCUUUCAGAGGAGCGAUGGUUGUGAAAAACUUCCUCUGUCCUGACCUACCUAGGAAACCAUGCGUUGAUGUUGUACCUGAUGAAUCCCGUCGCAUAUGGCUUCUGAACGAAUUUAACACCAAUUGGAAUGAAUGGACUUACAGAGAUGUGAUCCCGGUUUGUGCCAGAUACUCCGACUUGCAGAAAAAAUAUUUCGGAACGGUUCCUGCGCAACGACAGGAAUUGAUAGAUUCUUACCUGAAACAACAAGCUGCGGCAGGGGAUUUGUCCGAGACCGAUGACUGAAGCACAGGUUGCAAAAGUGGUUUAGCGUGUGAUGAAUCUUGAAUAAAAAAAAAAAAAAAAAAGACACGUUUGUUCUGUGAAAGGUGUGCGGUGUGUUCCAUUUGGUGGUUAGUUGAACUCAGCUAGCGGCGUGAAAUCGAAUCGAUCCGAAAUUUGUGCAAUAGUUACGGUGAAUGGUGAA